CGUCUCAUUGGUGUCAGCUGAGAGUUAGGAACCAUAUGUUUGUGGAAGGUGUAUGCAAAUAACGUUAUCGUCUUAUAUUUAGACAGUCCAGAGAGCUGAGACUCAGAACUGUCAACCUCAAGAUGAUAAGAACCUAAAAUUGAGAGUCAUAUGAAUCGGUCUGUUGAAAUCCCCUUUUAAAUGAUAUCCGCCGGAAUGAAGCUAAUCAUGAAAACAAUCGCUCCUGUGGGAAGGAAGCAUACAGCAACCGUGAUAUUCUUCCAUGGCUCAGGUGACACUGGACACAAUUUAGUCGAAUGGGUUAGGUUCCUUCUCAGGAAGGACAUGGAGUUUUCACAUAUAAAAGUGAUGUACCCGACAGCCCCUGUGCAACGCUAUACACCUUUGGACGGCGAGCUGUCCAAUGUAUGGUUUGACAGAGCCUCAAUAUCCAUAGAUGCUAAAGAAAGUCGACAAUCCCUAGAGUCUAUUUACGAGACUGCCAACGAGCUUAUCAAAAAUGAAAUUGACGAGGGUAUCCCUGCGAGCAGAAUAGUUGUCGGUGGAUUUUCAAUGGGCGGCGCGUUGGCUAUGCAUAUCGGCUAUCAUGUGAAUACAGAAAUUGCUGGCGUUUUUGCCUGCUCUUCAUUUUUGAACAGAGGAAGUAUUGUGUACGACUCCCUGGCAAAUAGGAAAAGUCCAAACAGUCCCUUACCUGAGUUGCUCAUGUUUCAUGGUGACCGCGAUUCUUUAGUACCUGCGGAAUGGGGCGAGGAGACGUUUAAUGAGCUGAAAAAGUUAGGGGUGAAUGGAGAUUUUCAUUUGUUAAAAAAUGCAAUGCAUGAGCUGAAGGCGAAACAGAUGAUGCAAUUGCAGGAGUGGAUUAAUAGGAUUUUACCAGAGUAUUCAAGUGGGGUAGAAAACAAGCUGUGAAUAUUAUACUGCGAGUUAACAUCAUACUCUGAAAACUUUGAGAACUUUGUAUUUAGGAAAUAAACAUUUUUUUAAGCAAAUGGAAA